CCCGGAGGCCGGCGCGGACAAGAUGGCGGCGCCGGGCGGCGAGGACGGGCCCCGGUCCCGGCCCGGAGAGGCGCCGGUCGCGCGGCGGAUCGAUCCGACGCGGGAGAAGCUGACGCCGGCGCAGCUCUACUUCAUGCGGCAGGUGGAGCUGGCGCAGUGGCAGAAGGCGCUGCCGCAGCGGCGGACCCGUAACAUCCUGACGGGGCUGGGCAUCGGGGCCCUGGUGGUGGCCAUUUACGGCUACACCUUCUACUCUGUGGCCCAGGAGCGCUUUCUGGAUGAUCUGGACGACCAGGCCAGAGCCGCCCGGGCCAAGGCCGCGCAGCCUUCCGGACACUGACGCUGGCCGACCGACUUGACCGGGAGCCAGACCGGCGUCGCACAAGAACCACGACGGGACAGACAGAGAACCACCGUUCCUUUCCUCAUCCCAUCACCCCACACCUGGGGCGGGACUGUUGUGGGUGCUGGCCUGAGGCACCCCCCCCCCCCACCCCUCGGGCCCCUCGGCGGGAUCGGGGCCUGGUGGGGGCCCGCCGGCCGGCCGGGAAACCAUGAGCUCGGGGCUCCUGUUGCUUCUGCGCAAUAAAUAAAGUGGAGUUCAGGCUC